AUGGAGAAGAACCCUGAAUUUCCUGAUCCUAAGGUAAAUACUGGCAUGGAGGCCACGGGGGCAUUAUCUAUCAAGGAGACAGAGAUCUCUCUCGGGGACAAUGCCUUGCUCCACAUCACCCUGUUUGGCCCCGGAGGAUGGCUAGUUAGCCAAAGAUUGUCUCCCCCAAAAGAAAACAGCCUCACUGGCUGCCAUGAAAAGCCAUCUUUGCAUUGUUCCUGGGUCCAGCUCCCCAAUAGCCACAACCACCUCUGCCCCGCGCCUGCUCCACCUCCUCUGCCGCCCCACCUGUCAGACGCAGCUGUGGACACUAGAUCUAAAAUCACCACCAAGGGCUUAAAGGAGAAGGAAGUUGUGGAGGAGGCAGAGAAUGGGAGAGACGCCCCUGCUAAUGGGGAUGCUAAUGAGGAAAAUGGGGAGCAGGAGGAUGACAAUGAGGUAGAUGAGGAAGAGAGAGAAAAAGGUGAUGGCGAGGAAGAGGAUGGAGAUGAAGAUGAGGCUGAGGCAGCUACGGGCAAAUGGGUAGCUGAAGAUGAUGAGGAUGAUGACGUUGAUACCAAGAAGCAGAAGACUGAUGAGGAUGAUCAGACAGCAAAAAAGGAAAAGUUAUAUUCAAAAUAA